UCUGCACUACCUCUGUACCCGCACAUAUUAUGGCACCUGACGGGCGACGUGGCAGUUCGAAUCGUGGGCGUGGGCGACCUCGCGGAUCCGGACGUGGUGUCACCAACACAAGACGAAGCACCCGAAGCGCAACUACUAAUCCCGGUAUCACCAAAAAGAAAUCGGCAAUGGAACAACAAUUAGAACUACUGAAGAAACAGAUCGCUGAUCUAUCGGCAUCCGUCGCCACAGUAGUUCCGGCAUCCGACAACAGUGUGCGGUCGUUUUCUCCGUUAUCAAGCCGUGUUCGAAUCGAGAACUCCGGCAAGUCCGGCAAGUCCGCCAGUUUACAGCACCGCCUGCGCGACCUAUCACCUGUGUCUGACCCAGGUAAUGCAGUAACCGUAAGCGAUGAUCCCGGCGUCUCAUUCACCGGUAAUGCUGCUACGACUCUUAGCCGUAAAGCGACUGCAAUUUUCGAUUCUCUACCGGAAAAUGUUAAGAUUUUGCUGACACCCGUUGACAAACCUUUGCUGUACAAAUUGUUCAGUAAGAAAGAGUUCGUAAACCUCAGUGACCUUUUGCCCAACAUCUGCAUGUCACAUGCACCAUCCACGUCGAAGGCAUCCGCGGCAAAGACCGAACCGAUUCGCGAUUUCCACCAGUGGUUCAGAGCAUUUAAUGUUCUUAAAAUGUAUCGGUGUGCAGUGCAUCCGGAACUGAGCUUGCCGAUGUCUAAGUACAUGGAUCACAUUGCUCAGACAGCCGCGCUGAAAGGCAUUGCAACCGAACAAUGGCUUGCUUACGACCGGCAGUUUCGGCUUGCAGUCUGUCGCAACCCUGAUGACGUUUUGCAGUGGUCCCGAAAGAACGAUGAUGCUUAUACAGAAUAUUUAUCUCAACCUGUCGGGCAUGAUACUGAUCAUCCCGUUAUUGGUGCGAGUCGAACCAACGUCAUCCAGUGCUACCACUGUAGUGAAUUCGGCCAUAUUCGACCGGAAUGUCCGUUGCUGCUGCGCAGUAAUGCCGGCAGCCGCCGUACCUCCUGGGUUGGGCAGUCUUUUCUCAACCUCCCCGCCGGCAACGGGGGAUCUAAAAUCGACGAAGUCUGCCACCUUUGGAACAAAGGACACUGCACAACUGGUAUAUUUUGCCGUUACGGCCGCCAGCAUCGAUGUGCCAACUGCGGUCAGCGGGAGCAUCGCGAACCACAGUGCAAAGCAAAAGCAGGCAACGGUGCCCAAUAGCAUCAUUACGCCACUGAAAGCGGAUGCAUUUGCGCAUUUUCUAAAAAUGCACCCGGAUCGACCGUACGUUUCAUUAGUACUGCAGGUACUGCGUUCUGGAGCGGAUAUCGGUUAUCGCGGUCCCGUUCGUACUCUAUCUACUCCUAAUGCAGCGUCCGCUCGUAUGUAUUCACAGCACCUCCAAAAUCAAAUUGAUACGGAAGUUUCACUACUGCAUUCAGUCGGACCAUUUAUUACUCCGCCAUUUAGUACAUUCGUUAUAAAUUCACUCGGCGUCAGGCCUAAACCGGAUGGAAAAUACCGCAUAUUGAUGGAUAUGUCUCGCCCAACUGGAGAAAGCGUUAAUGAUUACAUCAACAAAGAUGAUUACUCGCUAACAUUCUGUAGCGUCGACGAUGCAGUACGUCUCCUUCUCCAGCUGGGUAAAGGUGCGUUGAUGGCUAAAUUCGACAUUCAGCAUGCGUUCCGUUUGGUGCCUGUUAGACCGGCUGACUGGCAUUUGCUUGGCUAUCAGUGUAACGGUCUUUUCUACUUUGAUAUUGUUCUUCCUUUUGGUUCGCGUUCCUCUCCGUAUUUGUUCUGUCUGAUUUCUGAUGCUGUACACUGGAUCUUUGUGCAUGAAACUGGUCAUAUUUACAUGUUACACUAUGUUGACGAUUUCUUUCUAGCCACUACUUCUGACUCACAUUUUGUUCUCAGCUGA